CAUCCACACAUGCGUUUCGAUGCGCGCCUAGUCUGACGGGAGUCGCUAGGAGGGCAGGGACGUGCUUGUGAGCGCUGCGGCUUCGGGGAAGAAUGGCUGUCCCAAAUCCAGAAGAACUGAAGGCUUUCCGAAUGGCCUUCCAAGAAAAGAAUCAAUCCUGUUUCAUCCUGGGUGCCUCUGGUGAAACUGGGAAAGAGCUGCUAGUUGAGGUCUUGCAACAGCAGGUGUUCUCCAGGGUGACGCUGAUUGGCCGCCGAAAGCUGAACUUGCAAGGGCCGCUUUAUGCCAGCGUGAGCCAAGAAGUGGUUGACUUUGAGAAACUGGAUGAAUCUGCUGCUGCCUUCCAAGGCCAUGCCGUUGGAUUUUGCUGCCUGGGGACAACCAGGGCCAAGGCUGGAGCGGAGGGAUUCGUGCGUGUCGACCGUGAUUAUGUUGAGCACUCUGCCCAGCUGGCCAAAGCUGGUGGCUGCCGCCAUUUUGUCCUGGUGUCAACCAAGAGCGCAGAUAAGACAAGUGGCUUCUUGUACCCAAAGAUUAAGGGUGAAGUUGAGGAAAAGGUCCAAGCACUUGGAUUUGAGCGGUGCUCCAUAUUUAGGCCAGGGGUGCUGCUGUGUGACCGUCAGGAAACCCGACCUCUUGAAUGGAUGACCAGGAAAGUCCUAGGGGUGGUAGCCCACGUCUUCCCCACAGCUCUGUCUGUCCCCACGGUGACCGUGGCCCGGGCAAUGGUGAACCUGGUGAUGAUGCCGGCAAAAGAAGGCCAGAAGGUGGAACUGGUGGAAAAUGCAGCCAUACAUGCCCUGGGAACAAUUAAAUAGUUGGGAGUUUUGCUUCCUGAAUGGCAAAGCGGUGAAGGGUGCCUCAUCCAUUCCUAGGCCCAGGUUCCCAUUUUUCCUCUUCCUGUGGAGGGUCCUCCAAGCAGUGAGACCUUGUCUGUUAAUGUCCAUCCUACAUUCUGCAUUAGCUCCUGUGUUCUGCAUCUCCGUGGAAACUGCAAACUGCCACUCCUCUGGCAACAGCCAUUUUGAAUUGAACAGAAGGGGUAGUUCCCAGGCUUAACCUCUGACUGAGAUACAGGCACCAGUCAAGAUUGCCAGGCACGUCACCGGGUAGCCUGGCUGGGAGCAGAGUGUGCCGGCUGUGGGGCUGUUCCUCUGUACAUUGACCUCCAUCGGUGCUGUUCAUUCUGUGAGCUGUCCCAUCCCAUCAAGCAGUAAAACAAGAUGCUAAGUUGUUUGAAAGAGCUAAUCCUCUGGAGGGCCUGUUUGGAGUUGGUACCUGCUGAGGAAUAUGGCCGAAACCACAUGUGCCUUGAAAUUCUGGUCCCUUCCAAUGACAUGCCAUCUGUGCAGGGUGUCUGGGGCAGUCAUGUAUGAAUGUUUCAGUCCACUUCCACCACACUCAGUCUCUACCAAGAAUUAACUGAUGCCUUGCUAAAUGUUACCUGUGACAAGGAAGUAUUCACCAUCCUAAACAUUCUGCUCUACACACUUUUCAGCUAUGUUGCAAUUUGAUUUGGGCAAUCCAGAUUUCUUCUUAUACCAAAGUAAAUACUUGGUUCCUUUGGGUGACAGUGAAUAAGGGAAGCUUUUCUAAUAUUUUUCAUGUUUAUUCUGAAAUGAUAUACAAUUUGAAUGAGGGAAUCUGUAUAUAUGUGCAGGUGACUCGAACAGACAGCCUGGUAAACUUCUUCAGCAUCAUCAGCCUGAGGAAAAAAGGGUAUUUCUUAAUUAUUCAUAGUCUUAGAGGAAAGGAGUUUCUUAAUGUGCAGGCUUAAUACUAUCCAUAUAAGCCCCACAAUUACUUGUUCUGAAGCUGUGUUAUAAGCCUCACAGGUCACUUCAUGCCGGAUGUGAAAAUAAAUUAAUAAUUCAUGUCCUAGUAUAUACUAGCCCCAUUCAAGCAUUCUCCUCCUCAAAUGGGGCAAGUGCAGAUGCACUCUGUAGCUCUACCCUCCCUCCUUAUCCCCAUCGCUGGCCCUGUCCCCUUCCAUGUGUUGAUUUUCCUAGAAAAUCAUAUUUCAUAUUUUUUGGCAAUGUACAAUUUGAAGCUGAAAUCUCUGGGUGUGUCACAUUUACACUGGAUCAACUGCACUGAUGGAAGGGGAAUUUCCCGGCCCCUCCUUCCCAAAGCUGCCCUCCAACCCUGUGAAAAUGCUACACAUUCAGGAAAUGGUAAAUGGGAUGCUGUGGUGUAGGUGGGAGGAGGUAAGGUAGAGAGACCUUACAUGAUGCAGAGCCCUUAUUCUCCUAGAUUGCAAGUAACUUGAAAGCAUGGUUUACUUUUAUUAUCUAGCACUUUUUUGUGAGCUGAUGUUAAUGAUUGUUAGCUUAGAUGCCCUGCUAAAAAGAACAUUUAAAUGAUGCAAAUUCUGAGAACCAAAGCAAGCUGGCAAAAAAUGUCCAAUGAGCUUCAGACUAACAGAGCAAUAGUUUGUGUAAAUCUCUGAAUUCAGCCUAGCAGCCUAGCAGCAUUUCAGUUUGAAUGCUGAAUGAGGAACAUCUGUUUUCCUUCUGAAAUAAUUUGAAAAGGCCUUAAUGUUCUUGGUGCUCUUUAAAAAGCUUUAAAUUUAUGUCAUUGCUGUUACAUAUUUAAUAAAAAUGGUUCUUAACACGA